GAUUGAAAGGCAUUUAAAGAGCGCUUUAAAAGACAAUAACUUUUUGAUUGAAUAAAGACUUUCUCUUUAAAUCAAAUCCAAAAGUCAUCACAAAAUUGUCAAUUGAUUUGUCAUUUUGUCUUAAUUUAAAUAAAAUACAAUAACAAUGUCUUCACGCGGUUCCCAAAGAGACAGCAGUGAAGUAACCACUCGGUCGACGCGAUCGCAGUCAAAGUCAACGCCACAGAAACGACAACCCAGUCCUCCGUCUCAGUCAUCUACAAGAUCUUCGCGACAGAGACGACAACAGGAGACCAAUCCGUCGUCGCAAAGAAGUACGAGAAGUAAUUCGCGUUUAGAUAAUAAUAAUAUCGAAGUCGAACCUCAAGAAAGAAGUGAACCGUUGAGCGGUGCAGAUGUGACUUCAUCUCAGUUGAGAAGCGGAACUCCAUUGAGAGGCAGCGCCGGUCUCUUCGGAGAUGCAAUUAAUUUGAGUUCACCUCUUCAUUAUGGAUCGACUGACUUUCCCACACAAUCAUCGCAAACUUCAGCCCGAGUUGGCCGCAAAAAAAGAUAUGACAUAACAAGUGACUCACGAGUUAUACGACAACUCAAUGUCGGCGAUACUGAUGGACAGGUCGACAAUACUGUGGCUCGUGAUUUGGCCACAAGUGACUCUCAUGUGAGUUCUGCCCCGCAGUUAGUUAUUUGGGGCACUGAUGUCGGUAUCAAUCAAUGUCGCGAAAAGUUUAAGAGAUUUUUAAAACACAUGACUUUUGACGCUCAAGACUUGGAAUCGGAUGAAUUAGAUGUAGACAUACCAAUGGAAACCGAUUCGCAAUCCGAUAGCCAACGACCAUAUUAUAUCAGAAAACUUUAUGAAAUGGUUAUAAUUGGAGAACCGUUUCUUAACAUUAAUUGUCGACAUAUUCUACGGUUUGAUCCAACUAUUUAUCGACAAUUAAUUUCAUAUCCUCAAGAAGUAGUUCCUGCUUUUGAUAUGGCUGUUAAUGAGGUAUUUACUGAACUCUAUCCCGAAGGUAUUGCAGAAAUGGACCGAAUUUGUGUCCGACCAUAUAACGUGGCCAAGACUUCUAGUUUACGUGAUUUAAAUCCAGAAGACAUUAAUCAAUUGGUGACCAUUUCGGGAAUGGUUACCCGUUGUUCAAACAUUAUUGCUGAAAUGUGUGUAGCAUUCUUUGAAUGUACAGUUUGUAAUUUUUCGGUAACCGUUGAGGUCGAUCGCGGAUCUAUUGCUGAACCUCAUGUUUGUCGUCAAUGUAAUACCAAUUUCUCAUUUCGUUUGGUUCACAAUCGGUCCCAAUUUACUGACAAACAGCAAAUUAAACUCCAAGAAUCACCCGACGAUAUGCCCGCCGGUCAGACUCCGUAUACCGUCCUUUUAUAUGCUUGCGCUGAUUUGGUCGACAAAGUGCAACCGGGAGAGAGAAUAACGGUCACUGGAAUAUAUCGGGCCACACCUAUUCGGGUUCAUCCAAACAAAAGAAAUGUUAAGUCUGUUUAUAGGACACACAUCGAUGUCGUUCACUAUCGCAAAGUCGAGAACAAACGUCUUCACGACGAUGGUUAUGAACUGAAGCUGUCGAAGGAGAGAAUUGAUCAGUUAAUUGCAUUAUCAAAUAUGCCCGACAUUUAUGAACGAUUGGCCGCUGCAUUAGCUCCAAGUAUUUAUGAACACGAAGACAUCAAAAAAGGUAUUCUUCUGGCACUUUUUGGAGGAACUCGAAAAGAGUUCAAUCAAUCAGACGCUAAUACUUCCGGAAAACUUAGAAGUUUCCGAUCAGAGGUUAAUAUACUACUUUGUGGAGAUCCGGGAACCAGUAAAUCACAGCUUCUUCAAUAUGUAUAUAAUCUGGUGCCGAGAGGACAAUACACCAGUGGUAAAGGUUCGAGUGCUGUCGGUUUGACCGCUUAUGUGACCAAAGAUCCUGACACUAAGCAAAUGGUUUUGCAAACGGGAGCUCUUGUAUUAAGUGAUGGAGGAAUUUGUUGUAUCGAUGAAUUCGACAAAAUGUCUGAUUCCACUCGUUCUGUACUUCACGAAGUGAUGGAACAGCAAACUCUUUCCAUUGCAAAGGCAGGAAUUGUUUGUCAGUUGAACGCCCGAACUUCUAUACUCGCAGCGGCCAAUCCCGUAGAAAGUCAAUGGAAUAAAAAUAAAACAAUAAUGGAAAACAUUGAAUUACCUCCGACUUUAAUGUCAAGAUUUGAUUUAAUUUUUCUUCUUCUCGACCCACAAGACGAAGAAUAUGACCGACGACUCGGUCGACAUCUUGUCUCACUAUAUCACAAGUCACGAGAAGACGAAAAAAUUGAGUAUUUGGAUGUAAGUCUACUCAAGGAUUAUAUCGGUUACGCAAGAAUGAACUUUCAUCCAGUUUUAUCUGAAGAAGCAGCUCAGGGAUUAAAGCACUCAUACGUUGAGAUGAGAAAAGUAGGUUCUGGAAAGGGUCAGAUUAGUGCUUAUCCGCGACAAUUGGAAUCAUUGAUACGUUUAGCAGAAGCCCACGCAAAGAUGAAGUUUAAAAAUGUGGUCGACAUGGAGGAUGUAGAAGAAGCGCGUAGAUUACAUCGGGAGGCCAUAAAACAAUCGGCAACUGAUCCUCUGUCCGGAAAGAUUGAUAUUUCCAUUUUGACGACCGGAAUGAGUGCCUCAAAUCGUAAGCGAAGAAAUGAGGUAUCUCUUGGUUUAAAGCAAUUCUUGGAAUCCCUUCGAGAAGAAACUGGAGCUCAAAGCGAGUCACAAAUGCAAUUCAAUUACUUGAAAGUGUUUAACGAUUUUAAAGUGACGACAACUCUAAUGGUUACCAGAGAUAUGUUUGACGAUUCACUUAAAGCACUCCAAGACGAGGGAUAUCUUACAUUAAUUGGCACUAAAUUUAUACGAAUCAAUGCUAUCUAACCACUCAUUUGUCGCACUUUAUUACUAUUUCCGUACUUUUAAUUAUCAAUUAUU